CAAACUAAGGACUACUCAAGAAAUGGUGUAAGAUACUAAAAUCAAUAAAAUGAUUUCAAAUGUGCGGUCUUCUCUUGUCUACCAAAUUCUGUUGAGUCUUCAAAAGACACUUUCCAUCGUUUAUUUUCUUGUAAUUUUUAUACUUUACUUUUAUAAAGGUGCUAUUCUCCCGUAUCCAAGAUAUGUCCGAGUUAUGGAGUUUUUUGUAAUAAUUCCCUUUAUUCCAAUUGAAUAUUUACGAAUAAAUUGGGGCAGUCGCGGAAAUCUGUUGGAGAGUACUGCAUUCCUUGCCUUAUCUACUGUUUUGUCCAUCCCAAUAAUUAUAAUUCUAGUUUAUUUGGAGUUUUUUCAAAACUAUGUUCUGUUUAUCGAAGAAAUAUUCACCUACGUCAUGGGAUUCUUCGUCAUCCUCGAAACUCUACUUUCUUUAGUGUUAACGAUAACAUUUUCAUCAUCAGGACAACCCGCCAGUGGCUGACAUGCGUCAUAAUCCUUCAAAUCGAAUUAGAUUGCAAAUAUCAAAAUAAAAUAAAAAUAAUUUCU